CAACAAAAUCCCAAUUCACUACUAUCAAAAUACUCAAAACACAAAAAAAGUAAUGGAAACCGUGGGACCACCCGAGCCUCUGUACAAGAUCAUCCUUGUGGCGGCAAUAGCCGCCGGCGUCCAAUUUGGGUGGGCCCUACAGCUCUCCCUACUCACCCCAUAUGUGCAGCUGCUGGGCAUACCCCACGCUUGGGCCGCCUUCAUCUGGCUAUGUGGGCCCAUCUCGGGCCUCCUCGUCCAGCCCAUCGUGGGCUUCUACAGCGACAACUGCACGUCGCGGUUCGGCCGCCGCCGCCCUUUUAUAGCCGCGGGAUCCGGCCUCGUUGCAGUUGCAGUCUUCCUGAUCGGCUUCGCGGCCGAUUUGGGCCACGCCAGUGGGGACUCGCUCGACAGGGCUGCCAAGCCUCGGGCAAUAGCUGUCUUUGUCGUCGGAUUUUGGAUUCUCGAUGUCGCCAACAAUACGUUGCAGGGGCCAUGCAGGGCACUUCUGGCCGACUUAUCGCAUGGCAGCUCGAGAAAAAUGAGCACGGCUAACGCGCUCUACUCCUUCUUCAUGGCUGUUGGAAAUGUGCUCGGUUAUGCCGCGGGCUCGUACACGCACCUCUACCGAGUCUUCCCCUUUUCGAAAACCCGAGCCUGCGAUGUUUACUGCGCGAACCUAAAGUCGUGCUUUUUUAUCUCCAUUGCCUUACUACUCACCGUCACUAUAGUGGCGCUAACCGUCGUUCGAGAGUCCGUUUUUGUACCCGAGCCGGAGCCGGCGCAAAACGGGAAGAGAAAAAUCCCGGUUUUCGGGGAAUUAUUCUCUGCGCUGCGGGGCCUGCCGAGGCCGAUGUGGGUGCUUUUGCUGGUGACGUGUCUGAAUUGGGUGGCGUGGUUCCCGUUUCUUUUGUUUGAUACGGACUGGAUGGGCAGGGAAGUGUUUGGGGGUAAUGUGGGGAAUGGGUUGUAUGAUAGAGGGGUAAGGGCCGGGGCAUUGGGCCUGAUGCUCAACUCCGUGGUGUUGGGCCUGGCCUCGUUAGGGGUGCAGGCCGUGGCGCGUGGGCCCGGGAGGGUGAAGAAGUUGUGGGGAGGGGUGAAUUUUGUGCUGGCGGCGUGUUUGGCAAUGACGGUUGUGAUUACGAAGUCAGCGCAGGAGGGGCGGAGGCACGGCGGCGGGGAGAAUCAACCGGCGGCGGGGGUGAAGGUUGGGGCGCUGGCGCUUUUCGCGGUGCUCGGCGUGCCUUUGGCGGCGACUUUCAGCAUUCCAUUUGCUUUGGCUUCCAUAUUUUCCAGUAAUUCAGGCGCUGGACAAGGUCUGUCUCUGGGAGUUCUAAAUCUUGCAAUUGUCAUUCCACAGAUGUUCGUGUCGGUGGUUAGCGGGCCGUGGGACGAGCUAUUCGGAGGCGGAAACUUGCCGGCGUUCGUGGUGGGUGCGGUGGCAGCUGCCGCCAGCGGCAUUUUCGCCCUCACGAUGUUGCCAUCGCCGCCUAGUGACGCCAAGGUUGUGACCACCGCCGGAGGAUUUCAUUGAAUUAAACAGAUGGUUUUUAUGUACCAUUUUAUAAGUUGUCUAUUGGGCUUGUUCGUUUUUUACAGCCCCUUUUAACAUUAACGUGUAAUAUAAGAAAAUUAUGGCAACAAUAUAUAAGUGCACGCUCGCUAAGUGUGAUAUGAUGUGAUGACUAUUAUUUUUGAAGUGCUAUGGGUUUGUAAUGGCCCUAACUAAACAAGUAGCUUUUUGGAAUUUGUUCAAUGUUGUGCAAUGGUAAUUUGGUGGGGAUUUUUGUUUAGUUUGCUUGUAAUUGUAUACUUUAUUGUAUGAAUUCUCAUUUUUCA